CGUAUCCGCAAGGACUGGGAUAUGUCAGCCCCUGCAGAGAAGGACACGUAUAAGAACGCCAUCGCUGCUGCAGUGGACUCCGGCGACUACAUCAAAAUUGUCGAGAUGCACACGGAGAUGCGAUCCGAGAUGGAGGCUCACCGUCAGUGUAUGUUUGUCUACUGGCACCGCCUCUUUCUCGCCGUGUUUGAGAAUAUGCUGCGCGGACAGGGGCCGCAGUUCGCGUGUGUGACGGUGCCCUACUUCAACUGGAUCGUCGCUGCGGCCCGCGCGACUGCGGGGACAUGCUCGUCGUUCGCUGACUGCAUGGCCAUCACCGAGGAGCUCGGCGGAUCUUCGAAUGGCACUGAAGUUACGCUCAACAUUAACGGCGAGGAGAAUUUCGGUCGGUGCGUGUCUGAGCCGCCGCUGAAUCAUUUUUGCCAGCUCUCGUCUCUCAAUGGCACGGCCUGCGCCCGGUGCCUUCCUCGCAGUGACUGGAGCCAAGCUCCAAUCCCUAGCAGUACGACGUACGCGUCGAUCCGCCAGCAGGUUUUCAAGGGCAAGAGCAUUGGCCAGAUGUCGCCGCUCGUGCACGCCAACCUGGACGGCACCAUGGGCACCUUCGCGUCUCCUGCUGAGCCGCUGUUCUGGUCGCACCACGCGAUGAUCGACUUGCUGCACACCAUUUUUCACAAGUGCCGCGUGGGGACU